GCAAGUAGUCCAACAUGGCGGUUACGUUGCUCGGUUGAGAGUGUAGUGGAAACCGCGCACAAGUUAAGAUAUUCAGAUUAUAUUUCAGUGGCAGGGAGUGCAUUUAAACAGAUUAGUGUGUGUAGACGGCAGUUAUCAGCUAUUGGAAAUGAAGGGGAAAGAGCGGUCGCCGGUGAAGAAACGCUCCCGAGCGCCCGAUGAUGGCAGAGACCGAGGAGGAAGCAAGAAGACCGGAUCCCUUUCGUCGGUCGGCAGCAACAACGGCAACGGUUCAGCUCAUGGCGGCACUUCAUCCAGGAGAAGUUUACACAGUGAGAAAAGAGACAUGAGGGAUUUGGACGGGCACAAUUCAUCCAACAGGACUGGUAGCGGCUACGACUACGGAGUGGUUUCGGGGAACAAGUCGUACGGCGGCGCUGACAUCGACGCGGAAACAUCCAGGUCUGGUUCACGCAGCGAGCCGCGGCCUCCGUCAGCUCCUGAAAACGAGUACAAGACUCUCAAAAUAAGUGGACUGGGCAACCAGCUGAACGACGAGGAGAUUGAGGACGGACUGUUUCACGAGUUUAAAAGGUUUGGUGAUGUGAGUGUUAAAAUAAGCCGAGAAAACGACGACAGAGUGGCGUAUGUGAACUUCAGGAGGCCUGAUGACGCCCGGUCGGCUAAGCACGCUCGCGGGAAGCUGGUGCUGUACGACCGGCCUCUGAAAAUUGAGACAGUGUACACGAACAGACUCAGGAGCCGCUCCCCUGUUUCAAAAGACAAUUUCUCCCCAGGACACAGACAUCUCCACUCUCAGCGACCUCUGUCUCCCACUGGUAUGGGCUAUAGAGACUACCGGUUACAGCAGUUGGCGCUGGGCCGGCUCCCCCCUCCUCACCCUCCACCUCACAUAAGAGAUCUGGAAAGAGACAGAGACUUUUCUGUGUAUGAUGCCAGGAAUAGACCCCCGUUCAUCCCUGAAUGUGCUGUUUACCGCGAGGAGGACCUGAUGACCCCUGAGGAUGACCAGAGGGCAAACAGGACGUUGUUUCUGGGCAAUCUGGACGUCAGUGUGACGGAGAGCGACCUGAGGAGGGCGUUUGACAGGUUUGGAGUGAUAACAGAGGUGGACAUUAAGCGGGCGGUGAGAGGCCAGAGCAACACCUAUGGGUUCAUCAAGUUUGAGAAUCUUGACAUGGCUCACCGUGCCAAAGUGGCCAUGUCAGGCAAAGUGGUAGGCCACAACCCAAUUAAAAUUGGAUACGGUAAACCCACGCCCACGACCAGGCUGUGGGUGGGAGGCCUCGGACCCUGGGUUCCACUCGCUGCACUGGCUAAGGAGUUUGACCGCUUUGGCACCAUCAGGACUAUAGACUACAGAAAAGGUGAGGUGUGGGCUUAUAUCCAGUAUGAAAGUUUGGAUGCUGCUCAGGCUGCAUGUACUCACAUGAGAGGCUUCCCUCUCGGCGGCCCUGACAGGAGACUCAGAGUGGACUUUGCAGACACAGAGCACCGCUACCAGCAGCAGCAGUAUGUGCAGCUCCCCCUCCCCCUGCCACAUUAUGACUUUGUUCCUGAGCCCUUUGCCCACCGCCUUACAGACUCAGUGAGAGUGAGGGAGAGGUCUCCUCCAAUUCCCUCUCGCUUCAGAGACAGAGAUCCCUACUCCAGUGCUGAAUGGUCCGGCAUGGGUGUCCAUGAGAGGAUGCGAGGCUUUGAUCCCAUCGAUCGCCUGGACAGGCGUUCCCAUGACACCUGGACAAUAGAGCGUGAGUUACAAGGCCGAGAGCUAAGCCGCAAAAGGAGACAUUUGGAUGAUGGCAGUCGGCUGGAUCAUUCACCUGACAGCAGUGAUUUUCGUCGUCAUGGCAGCUCAUUAGAGCGCAGCCCAGGAGGGAGCAGCCGAGAUGGGGGACGCUACAGUGACCCUGAACGCCUGCCUCGCUCUGGUAGAACCUCACCUGUCAGAGAGCGCCAGAACGCUGGCUUUGGAGACAAGAGAAGAAAAACUCUUAGCCCAGCUGCUCCAGGUUUUUCUUCUGAGAAAGACCGCAAACACAAAACCAGUGACUCAUCUAAGAGCCCAGCAAAGAAGGAGGAUCGCUUAGAACAUCCUUCUUCCUCCUCUUCCUCCAAGUCUGGCCAGCAGUCAAAGCCAGCAGCUGGAGGACAGAAACUGAGUCAGGUCUGGCAGGGUGUCCUCCUGCUGAAGAAUAGCAGCUUUCCCACAUCCCUGCACAUGUUGGAGGGGGACAUGGCGGUGGCGACCAGUCUGCUGUUGCAGGGCUCCGCAGGGGAGCAGUCAUCCCAGCUGAAGAUCAGCCAGCGCCUGCGUCUGGAUCAGCCCAAGCUGGAGGAAGUUUCUCGUCGCAUCAAGGCCGCCGGCACCAACGGAUACAGCAUCCUCCUGGCCGUGCCCGGGAAAUCUGAAACCGCAGGGGUUCAGGACGCCAGCAGCUCAGCAGAGAGACCACUGAAGAACCUGGUGUCCUACCUGAAGCAGAAGGAGGCGGCCGGCAUCAUCAGCCUCCCUGUGGGGGGCAGCCGUGACAAGGACCACGGAGGAGUCCUUCACGCUUUCCCCCCAUGUGAGUUUUCACAGCAGUUUGUGGAUGCCUCUGCCAAAGCCUUUGCCAAAUCAGAGGACGAAUACAUGGUGAUGGUCAUUAUCAAAGGAGCGUCAUGAAAAAAAAAAAAUCCAAAUGUGUUUUUUCACACUCAUGAUUUGUUAAACUGUGAGUUGUAAAAACAGGGAGAAGUAAUGACAACAAAACAGAGUAGCAGAAAAAGUUAGGGGUCUGAUUUUAAGUUCCCUAACCUGCAUGGUAGCUUGUAUCUCAUCCUGUUGAAGGUUUGAAAUGAAAGUCACAUUGAAUUGAGUACAUUUGAUAAACUGAUGGAUUUGAAUAUCAACACAGGUGACAUGCAGCUUUCUGCUACUUAGUUAUCAGAUAAAUGUGCAUUACUUGAAGGGUACUCUGCUGAAAGUAAUUCAGAGCAAGCUACAGUUCUGUGAAUCGAUACUCUAUGUUGCCUUAUCUCAUUUAAAAAGAAUCCCCAGUUCCUUUAUAUCAUUUCAUCCAAUGCCUGCCUAUAACAAAAAAGAAUUUAUGAUCCAAAACAGAGUAUUUUGCUUUCAUUUUAUCUGUACUCAGCAUAGAUUUAACUGGCCAGUGUUGACAUGUUUGUAGUGCUAUAAUGUUUGUCCAGCCAGCCUAUGAAAGAAUUAAAUCAAAGUCAUGUACAUAUGAUUUAGGAAAUAUAACUAUUUGCUCUAAAGCUUUACCCAUUGCUCAUUGAUAGGCAUAUUCCAGAUGUGCAUCUGUAUUACUUCUUUUGCUGACCAAGUAAACAUUUUGAUUCAAAGAUUCAUUACAACAGCUUUUCUGUUUUUGUCAGUUUUGGCCAGUUUUGCUUAAAACUAAAGAUAAAUGUGGAGAUAACUUUUGCAGAAGGGCAUUAAUGGUUAUAGUAGAGUUCAUUGACAUCAGUGCUCCUUUCUGAGCCACAUCUUGAGGUUUAUGUGACCUUGCAAGGUACUGUUGUUCCUGUCUGUUUCACAAUUUUCACUAAGCACUGGUAUGUAGGGGUGGAAACAAGCAGCAAUAACCUGUGUGUUGUAAUGCAGCUCAAUACAACAGCCGCGCAAAGAAUACUAAAGUUCGUUCUGUUUAGUUUGUGUUGAAAUAAUGUUAAAAAAUGAGGUUUUAAGCUCUGUGUUUAUGUCUGUAUUGAGCUGCAUUAUGUUGCUUGCUUUAGGGACCAGAUUUAUGAUUAUUUUCAUUUUAUGAUUAAGUCACCAUUCUUUGAUUUUUUUUUUUUUUUGGUUUGUAAAACAUCAAAAAUAGUGAAAAACAUCAAUAUUUUUUCCUAAGGUGAUGUUUUCAUGUCUUUGAACAGUCUUUUCUGGUCCUUCUAACAGUUCAAACCCCAAAGAUUUUUAGUUAAUCAUGAUGUUAAUCAAGGACAAGCAACAAAUCUACACAUCUGAGAAGCUGGAAACAUAAAAUGUUUGGCAACUUUGCUUGAAAAUUGACAAAUUGAUUGAUUAACCAAUUAUUGAAAUUGUUGCAGAUUAAGUGUCUGUCGGUCUGACUAAUAAUUUCGGCUCUAACAAUGGAGUAUCUCAACAAAACUGAAAUGUGACAGCUGUGCAGAACUAAUGGAGGAUGUAGGUUUGUUGUUUUGAGUGACAUUAUAUUUUACAGGGUUGCUUUUGUGUCCACCCCUUUAUAUUGUACAUUUAUUGGCGUCAUAUUCAGUUUGGCUGAACAUUCAAUUCUGUUAUAACCCACUACUGUAGUGACUACCCCAGCAAAGCAUGUACUGUUUAAAACAAAGCUGUAACGUAUAAAUUAAGAGCUCUAUGUAUGCCAUGCACAUCCCUAAUGACUGAUCAGGAGUCUGGAAGUAGAAAAUGUUGCUAUACAAUGAGUGGACUUCUGAAUGAAAGUGAGGAGAGGAGGCCGACCUCUGUGGCCUUACAAGCUUUCCUCCGAAAGGACUGUUAAUGAUUGUUUUUCAUGCUUUGAUUUGAGUACUGUGUUUCAAAUGGAAAAAAGAAUUAAUUGUGCUGUAUACUCAGGAUAUCUGGAGAGAGAAAUGGAGAACGUCAGUGCUCAUGGGCCUAAGAAGUAUACCUAACUGUCAAAGUGCAACAUGCACUUGAUAGAUUUUGUCUCAAUAAAUUUACUCUUUCGUGGGAAACACGAGUGCCUCGGAAGACAACUUUUGUGACCUUUUCUGUUCUUGGAGUUGUCUAUCAAACUCUAAGGGCGUUAUCACUUUGACAGCAGGAGCCUUCGCAGCAGAAAAAGGAGAGGAAGUGUGAGAAUCAGUGGGAGGUCAGCCUCUCUGUUCUGUGUUUUCAUUUUGUUGAUCAUCAUUUGUUUGAAUGACCUCUUUGUGAAGAGCUUCAUUCACGUUGAAAUUUGGCCAUACUAGAAUACUUUAGUCGCUGUAUCUCUUCAGAUGUGUGGCUUCAGAUGGUCCUCAGACCGCCUGCUUUGUCACUCUCCAAGCUUUGCCAGAAUCACCGGGGUCGUCUCCACCUCUCAGCGGAAGCACAGCGGCGUUCAAAGGCCCCGGUCUUCUCUGUCAUCUGGCUCCAGCAGCACACAGAGUAUUGUUUCAGCAUGUGCAGCAGCUCGAGAAGGAGCAGAGUUCAUUUGUGUAGUUGCUUAUUGUUCUUUCAUCGGAGUUCUGAAGAAGAUCUCUGUGCUAGGGCCAGACUUCGAACGCGUCUCAUCCUGUGUCGGAGAAGAGGUUGAGACGGUGACACAGCAUCUGCUUUAUUUGCCUUAAAAUGGAAAGGAAACACAACAGAGGAGAACAGAUUGACAGAGUCCUGUGCAGGGAAUCAUUAUCUUUAGCUGAUAUGUUGAUUUACACACUUUUUAACUGCAUAUGAAGGUGAAGAGUAUCCUGCUAUCAUUGAGUCAGGAUGUUUAUCACCAAGACGCUGCUGUUCCUGCUCAUUGCUGCUUCACCUCCAAAGAAAACGGACCUGAGCAGCAGCAAGUGUCCACACGGUGCCAUAACUGGAUUCAAGGCUUCCAGGAGCUGUGAAAGGUUUGAGUCUCACCCUGGCUGCACCUCCUCCUGGUCCACAGGUACAGUAUAGAGAUGGCCUCAACUACUGACGCAGGUACGUAUUAAAAUGUGUGAGACUCCCACAGACACAUUAGGCCAUAUUCAAAAGCUAAUUAGAGGAUAAAAAGAUAAACUACUAAAACUGUGAUGUCCCUAGAGUAAAAACAAAAUUAAUACACACUGCCAUGUUAAGCAAAUAUAUCAGUAUCUUGGGACUUUACCUUUUGCUUACUCAACUUUCUAAGGUAUAUUCUGUCAUGACUUUUGACACUUGUGUAGUUGUCUAAUUACAAAAAGAACCUGCAGUGUUGGUCACAAAUGCACCAGCAUCAACUAUCUCAACAAUAAAAGCAGCUACACAAGUCAGUCAUGGUUGUGGUAGAGGUACUCAGGCCCUUUUAAGUUAUCAGAGCAACAGUAUAUUUUAUUAGGUAGUCAUAUGUUUUGUAUUAUCUUAAUCUGCAAAUUAACCAGUAACUAUAUAAAAUGUAAACUUGUCUUCCACCACUGGUUAUAGGUGAAUAUCAAUAAGUAGCAUCAUAAUAAAUCUUAUAGACAUAAAAAACUAAAUACUCUGCUUGAGUAACUGACACAUUCAUCUCUGCAAAAUGAUGUUCCGUUAAAAAGAAAAUAUGACUUAAUGUUCCAAACAUGCCAAAACUGCAUCAGCAAACAGGAAGAAAUUUAAGAUGGUGAAUUGAAUGUUUGUUAAAAAAAAUUGGGCUUCAAGUUGUCACCUGUUUUUACGUUAAAGCUUUCUGGGCAGAAAAGUUUUUGAUCUGUAGUCUUGCACUCAGUGAAAACAAUAAGAGUCAUAAAUGUUAUGAUGGGUGCUAAUCAGGGGACAAUUAAUUUCUUCAUACAGUGGGUCGUAAUCAGUCAUACAUCAGAUGUGUGAACUUUGCCACAGAUUCACAGUUUUGUUAAUACAAACAGUGAGUGUAAUCUGUUUGAUGAGAGAUGUUAGGAUGCUUAUGUAAACAAUAAGGGUGUGUUCAGUGAAUAUAACGGUGCCUGCAGCUCACUAGAAGCCUUCAAAUGUCUUCAGUUUGAUAAAUAUUGGGCCUUAAAAGUCAUCAAACAGAAUUAAAAUUGAAUUUGUGAGGUUCGAGUGCUACAAACAUUUUAUCUUAUCACCUUAAUCAACCUUUUAAUUUCUUGUAGUCACAAUGAGUUACGCUCUUCUGUGUGAAAGUCACAAUUUCUGAUGUCAUAAAGCUUUAAACCUACCACUGGACCCAAUGCUGUCCUUCUACUUCAUACCUGCAAUCAAAAUGUACAUUAACCUAACUCACUACUACUUACCUGCAAUGCCUAAAUACUAAAAAGAUGAUUUUUCCAAAAAUCUCUUAAAUUUGGCUAAAAAAAAUUCUAAAAACGACCUUAAAAAAGUAUUAAGUGAGGGUUACACAGUAAACGUGCAUUACCCUGCCUAAAGCUAAAAACUAGAAACAGGAGAGCUGAAACAUGAGUCAGGGUAAGAUAAUGAUUAGUUAAUUGAUGACAUGCUGACCGAACCAUAGGAGUUAGUGAGGUUAUACUUAAUUUUUACUCAGUACCUGUUUGCUGAACGAUGUUUUGCAACACAGUCGGCACCUACUUCACAGUUCUUAGUUCGUCCUCUGAUUUUAUCUUCCAGUGGUAACAAGCUUAAGGACUUUCUUCCUGUUUCCUGUGUUUUAGAAAAUAACUCGACAUGUGAUUUUGACAGAUGGUUCUCAGUGAACUGAAUGAGUUUCUAAAAAAAAGGCACCUGUAAACAGCCUGUGCUGUAUUUAUUGAGCUGUAGAGUCAAAAUUAGAUACACUUUCUAUCAUUUAAGCACUUUUUAUAAAAAGAAUCUCCUGAUCUUGUAUAAAGUGUCCUUAAGAAAAUUCACAAGAAAUGUUCUGUGCAGUGGUGGAAAGUACAUUUACUCAAGUACUGUGCUUUAGUACGAUUUGUAGGUACUCAUACUUUACUAGCAUAUUUCCAUUUUAUGCAGCAUACUUUUAUACUUACACUCAACUAAAUCUCAGAGGUAAAUGUACUUUGUGUGCACUACGACAGGGUGUGUUACUAGUUACAUUUCAGAUUCAGAUUAAUAAUACAAAAUAGGCUAAGAUAAGACUUGGAAUAAAAUUCACAAACUCCUCAGCAGUGUUGAAAAUACUUAAAAUUAGCCACACCUUUACCAGCUGUAACAUUAAAGUGAAGUACAAAACAAAGGCAUCAACAAUUAUAAUCCAAUUAUAUUAAAUAGUAUUAUUAAUAUUACUCUGAAAUGGGCAAUUCUGCAUAACGGGAAAUAUUGUACCUUUACUUAAUCUUAUGAUUCAAUAAUCGGGGGCCCUUCUGUGUGGAGUUUGCAUGUUCUCCAUGUGUCAGUGUGGGUUUUCUCAGGGUUCUCCAGCUUCCUCCCACAGUCCAAAGACAUGCAGGUUAACCGGUGAUUCUAAAUUGACUCUAGUUGUCUGUCUCUAUUUGUCAGCCCUGUGAUAGUCUGGUGACCUGUCCAGGGUGUACCCCACCUCUUACCCAAUGUCAGCUGGAAUAGGCUCCAGCCCCCUGCGACUUUUAACAGGAUAAGCGGUUAUGCAAAAUGGAUAUAAUAUACAACAUAUAGUAUAAAAUAUAGUAUACAUUAUUCUGAAAUCAACCAAUGUGCACAAUGAGUACGCUGAUUUCUGGUACUUAAGUAUAUUUUGAUGCUAAUACUUUUGUACUAUUACUUGAGUCAAAUUUUGAAACAGGACUUUUACUUGAAAUCAGUAUAUCUGCACUGUAGUAUUGCUACUUCACUUCAGUGAAAUAUCUGAAUCCUUCUUCUGCCACUUAUUACAGUAUGUGUGAUAUACAGCAGUGCUGUUUGCCUGAGUGAAGGUUUAACCUCGAGAUCAUUAUGUGAUAAUGAAUGCAGUAUGUGCUGUAACUGUGUUUUUCUUUGUUUUCAUGACUUUUUUGACUUAACAGUGUUCAGACAUUUUUUGAACACACCCCUCUUUGUCCAGUCUCUUGAAAAGCUCAUAUUAACCUGCAGUGUGACUGAAUGAGCUCUGUGCAGCUUCAGUGAACAAGUUGUUGCACAGGGAAGGAAUUCAUCAGACAAGAGAAACUGUACCUCGGUGAGUACAAUUUAAAUUAGUUUGAAAAUUUGCACCUUGUAGUAUUUUAUAUAAAUAAUGUCAGUGGCAUUUGUGAUUGAAUAAAAUCAGCU